AUGUUUCUAAUCUGGGGGUUGUCGCUGCUACACACCCCGUGCGCCUCCACCACCACCGGCUACCAGCCUCCGGGCUCCGUCAAAAAAUGGUGGCCCUGGUGGUUGCUACUUCCGGGCUGCUUGGCGUCCUGGACGAGGUACGUCGAAGAGUACGACUCCAUGAGGGUCGCCAGAUGCGACGCAAGAUGCGGCGAAAAUCAUCCAGACGAGUGCAUGGAGAGCUGCCUGUCGGCGAAUUACACGAAGCCGGGAUACUGUCCAUCGAGUCGGUCCAUGUCGGCGUUCGAGGCGGCCUGCCUGGUGGCCUGCGAGGGAGACUCCAAGUGCCCGGACCUGGCUAAGUGCUGCCCCCACGAGUGCGGGAUCACCUGCAUGCAUCCUACCGGUUUGGACGAGAGGACCGAUCUACCUCCCGUGCCCGAGACCAUCCAAAUUCGCCAGCAGACGACGAACCUGGUGAUGCUAAACUGGCAGGCACCCCCGCACCCCAGUAACAUCUCCGUCAGGUAUCUGGUAGAGGAAAGGCAUCUCCUGGGGCCGAGGUACCUGGAAUCUAGACUGAGUUCCUGGUCGGUGAGGCACGUGUCCACCAAACCCCACGCCUCUCUUCGUGGAGGUCUUAAGACGGGACAUUGGUACCAGUUUCGCGUGGCCGCCAUCAACGAAAAUGGAUCACGCGGAUAUUCGCGACCCUCUCGACCCUUCAAGACAAAAGAGCCGCGCAACCCGAAGGAGCCUCAGAGUUUAACGUUAAGUGGAGCACGUGUAGCUGCUGGGAAACUGCGUGUUAAUCUUCGAUGGAGACCACCACCCUCCGAUGUUCCAAUAAUGUUCUACAAGGUCUUCUGGAGUCGGCUCAUUCACGGCCCCAACAACGACUCCAUCUUGGUUUACCAUCGCACCGUACCUAAGGACAAAAUGUGCUACGAGCUGAAGAACUUGGAGCUGAGCUGCCAGUACUUUUUGCAAGUCCAAGCCGUGGCUCUAUACGGAGGUCGCAGAUUGGCGUCGCGGAAGGCGUCCAAAGUCUUCAACAGUACCGAUUACACAAAAUUCGCCGAGGGCGGAAGACGUUCUCGCAGAUGCGAACGCCAUCAAGGUGGUUUACACGUACGCAGAAUGAUCUGUCAAUGCGGGGAAAUAACCGCAAGACUCGUGUGGCCGCCGAGCGUGGAUGCAAAAAGGUACAACGUCUCUUGGAGGCAGGAAUCCUGCUCGACCUCGCGUGGAACUCGAAAUCCCGAUUUCCAUCGCAAGACCUCCUCGAGGAUCACCGAGGCGCCCCACUACGAUAUACGUCAGUUGAAGUAUGACUGCACGUACGUCGUCAAUGUUCGCAAUGUACCUCACCAGGGGAAAAUCGAGGAACACGGGACCAGUAUAGAGUUUCUAGCAACCGGAUGCCAUCAAAGCCGGACAGGCGAGAAAAAGCAGAAGCAACCGCAGGACAAAUUGACUCAAUGCAAGAGCAAACCGUCUAGAAUAAGGAGACACUAUAUUUGA